AUGAAAUUUGGACGGCAGCUUCCCAGAAACCAAGUCCCAGAAUGGGCAGCAUCCUACAUCAAUUACAAGGGCCUCAAGAAGCUGGUCAAGGCGGCCUCGGAGAAGGCCAAGAAUGGCGAGGAUGUCGAUCCCGCGGAGUUGUUUUUCGCUCUCGACCGAAACUUGGAAGAUGUCGAUUCAUUCUACAAUAAGAAAUAUACAGACGCCUGUCGCCGCGUAACGCUUCUGCAAGACCGCUACGGCCGAGUGCCAGACGUCGUCGGUACUCUGGACGAUGACGAAGUCGAAGAGGUCAUGGGUGCUCUCCUGGAGCUUCGAGCCCUUCUACGAAACCUCCAGUGGUUUGGAGAGAUUAAUCGCCGCGGCUUUGUCAAGAUCACCAAGAAGCUGGAUAAGAAAGUGCCUGGCAUGACAGCCCAAGCAGGCUACAUCUCCACCAGAGUCGAUCCGAAAGCGUUUGCUAAAGAUGGAAGCAUUUCAAGACUUUUGGUAGAAAUUAACCGCUGGCUCUCGGCGCUCAGUGACUCUCAGAACAUAGAUGACGCCAUGUCCGAUCGAUCCUCGCGGUCCUUGGGGAGAGCAUCAGCCAAGGCAAUGCUCAACCUUCCACAGGCUCAAUUGGAUACCCUCGAUCAGGCAGUGCGGAACGAUGAUGUCGCCGCUCUCAAGGCUGGCCUUGAAACGGCCAACAGUAACCAAGGAGCCGCUGGUCAGACGCUUAUGCUCAACUUGCUUCAGCGAUCCAUUUCUGCCCGCUCGCGGCAGGCUAUUGCAUUUCUUCUCAGCCAAGUCAAAGACCUCGACGAGCCGGAUGAUAUAAACGGCCGAAACUGUAUCCACCGUCUUGUUAUCCAUAUUGGCCGCACCAAGUCAGCUGAGCAAGGCGACGAAGCCAACGCCUACCAGGUUGCCGCUGGCACGCAGUUUACAAACAAGCACCUCGAGCCGGCUGUAUCUAGCGCUAUCCCGUACAAGGCAAUCAACACAAAGGAGGACCAUGUUUUGGAUGAAGAAGAUGAGACGGUGCAGCUUCUCGAGCUCAUUUUUGACUCACUAAGUACCGAACAGCGCCACAGCCUCAAGUCGCGAGAUUCCUUUGGGCGACUGCCUCUGCACUACGCGGCUCAGUUUGGCUUCGUCGUUGUCUGCCAAAAGAUCAUGUACCGAAUGCAGCAGUGGGACCAGUUUGAUGCCAAGGAUGGCAUUGAUGCCCCCGAAUGGCAAGAUAGUGAUGGAUUUGCGCCGCUGCAUCUGGCUGUCAUUGGCGGCCACCCCCUUACGACCAAGGCCCUGCUGCAAGGCGAGAAUUGGCAAGGCAGCAGCGAGGAGAAAGCCAAGAUUAGAAUGGGCGUGAGCAAAUCCGGCGCUGUCCUUGCCAUUGCCACCAAGGCCAAUUUUAUUGUUAUCGUUCAGAUGCUGGUUGACGCUGGUGUCGAUAUCAACUGGGCGGACGAGACGGGAGAAACGGCCCUGCAUGUAGCUGCCAGAUUCGGCCACGAAGAAUGCGCUAGGAUUAUUAUGAAGGGCAAUGAGUCUCAGAAGGUGGAUUUGGAGAUUGCUGAAAAGACGUACUCCUGGACGCCCUUGCAUGUCUCCGCUGUUGAUGGGUCGCUCAGCGUGGCAAAGCUCUUGGUUGAGGCUGGUGCCACCGUUACCAAGGCAGAUGCGUCUGGAUGGACGGCAAAGGAACAUGCGGCGCUUCGAGGACACAUGGAGAUUGCCCGUUUCCUAGCGUUUUACGGUGACGAAGAUGAGCCGCCCAGGAGGGCUGCUGCCGAGUCGCCUGGCCUGCCUGCCGUUGCGGAACACUCGUCUCUAGAUGGCCGUCGAUCCAACACUACCAACGGCGGAGCAGCACGCGCUGCUGAGACCAUUAAGAGUUUCGGUCAUCGUUAUCUCACCGACCAGAGCCUUAUCCUUGUCAAUCUGGGCUCUAUGGAUCUCCGUAAAACGACUGACGCUGUUAGCCUCGACCGAGUUCCUUUGAAUGAGGCUCAUAAUACGCAGCUCGACACGGCGCUGUCGGUUGUUGUCUCUGCAACUGGGGCGGCAGGCGAGUCGACGACUAUCGAUCUCCCUGUCCACGACAGCAUUGCCACUGAACCCAUUGUCUUUACCACAGCAGACACACCCAAGGUGAAGCUUCUCUUUGAUAUUGUGCCGACUUACUCGGGCAAUCAGAAGAACAAGAUUGGCCGCGCUGUGGCACUCCUAUCGUCAAUUAAGCCAACUAUGGGAGUCCAGAGAAUGAACCUCCAGGGAGACAUGUGCGUUCCCAUCAUGUCCAGCAACCUUGACGUAAUUGGCACCGUCAAUUUCCACUUCCUGGUAGUCACACCAUUUGCUCAUCCCAAGAUGGGAAUCACGUCGCAGCAGACAUAUUGGAAGAAAAUGGAAUCUACCAUGCUGAUUGGACAUCGCGGCCUCGGCAAGAAUGCCACAUCCAACCGCUCUCUUCAGCUUGGUGAAAACACGCUCCCAUCGUUCAUUGCCGCUGCCAAUUUGGGUGCUCAGUACGUCGAGUUUGACGUUCAGCUCACCAAGGAUCAUGUUCCUGUCAUCUAUCACGACUUUUUGGUCAGCGAAACAGGCAUUGACGCGCCAGUGCACACGCUAACGCUGGAACAAUUCCUGCACAUUAACCCUGAUAAGCGACGACCCAAGGAGCAACAGCCAGCUGUAAGCGAGCAGGAAGCAGACGUACCUGGUGGCCCACGCAGGGUCAGAAGCAAUAGCUUUACGCCCCAGCGCUCCCAGUCGAUGGGUUAUGCUGGUAGCGGCCUUGCUGAUAUGGAAAUGGAAGAGCGCAUGAAGCACACGCGUGACUAUAAGGAAAAGGGCUUCAAAGCCAACUCGCGCGGCAACUUUAUUCAAGCGCCGUUUGCGACGCUGGAAGAUCUCUUCCGCAAACUUCCCGAGCACAUUGGCUUCAAUAUUGAAAUGAAGUAUCCCAUGUUGCACGAGACUGAGGAGCACGACAUGGAUGCCUACGCAGUUGAGCUCAACUCGUUUUGUGAUACCGUCCUGGAGAAGGUCUAUGAUCUGGCUGGAGAACGCCAUAUUAUUUUCAGCUCCUUCAACCCGGAUAUCUGUCUCUGUCUUAACUUUAAACAGCCUUCCAUUCCUAUCUUGUUCCUGACAGACGCCGGUUGCAGCCCCGUCAGCGACAUCCGAGCAUCGUCGCUACAAGAGGCCAUUCGCUUUGCUAGCCGCUGGAACCUUUUGGGUAUCGUUUCUGCCGCGGAGCCGCUGAUUAACAGUCCGCGGUUGGUGCGUGUUGUUAAGGAAAAUGGACUGGUUUGUGUGAGUUACGGAUCGCUCAACAACGACAACAUGAUGGUCCAGCGCCAAGUGAAGCAAGGUAUAGAUGCCGUCAUUGUGGAUAGCGUGCUUGCUAUUCGAAAGGGCCUAGCCAUGGGUGAAGAGGAAGCGCUGACACGGCGAAAGAGCCAAAUAGCCGAUGGUGAGGGUGGCAUGGCUGCGAAUAUCCAAGCGCUGAAACUUACUGAAAGUAGUGCUUGA